AAGCAAUUUGGAAUCAUGGACGUCCUUUUCCCGUCACUCAUCACGAGCUUCUCCAUGCUCUCGUAGCCGUGUGUAUAUAACAUGGUGUUACAGCUGCUACUUUCUCUGCAGCGCAGUUGUUUGUCGAAGCUCUUUUAGAUUCUUCCCACCUACUCCCGUACAAGAGCGUAACACAGAAGACAUGGAACCGGUUGCUAUGGAAAGAGAACUCACUCAACCAUCUGUUGAUCCUCUCCCAUUUGCCAGAAGUUAUCAGCUUGAAGCACUGGAGAUGGCAAUCAAGCAGAACACUGUAGUGUUCUUGGAGACUGGCUCCGGCAAGACUCUUAUUGCCAUCAUGCUUCUGCGGAGUUAUGCCUAUCUUCUACGCAAGCCUUCACCUUUCAUUGCUGUCUUCUUAGUUCCCCAAGUUGUCUUGGUUUCUCAACAAGCUGAAGCUGUGAAAAUGCACACUGACUUGAAUGUGGGCAUGUAUUGCGGAGAAAUGGGAGUUGACUUUUGGGAUGCUGCUAUGUGGAAGCAACAAAUAAAAAAACAUGAGGUGCUUGUGAUGACACCUGCAAUUUUGCUUACUUGCUUGAGGCAUAGCUUUUUCAAACUAAGCAUGAUAAAGAUUUUAAUAGUUGAUGAAUGCCACCAUGCAAGGGGUAGACACCCUUAUGCUUGCAUUAUGACAGAGUUCUAUCACCGUCAGCUAAGUUCUGCUGGAUCCAAACUUCCUAGAAUAUUUGGGAUGACUGCUUCCCCCAUAAAGACAAAGAGUGGAGUCUCAGAAUUAUCUUUCUGGGAAAAGAUUGAGGAGCUUGAGACCAUGAUGAAUUCGAAGGUGUAUACAUGUGCUAGUGAAUCUGAGCUUGCUCGGUUUAUACCAUUUUCGACUCCAAAGUUCAAAUUUUAUACGCACAAGGAAAUCCCAUGUAUUUUAUAUGAGCGUUUAGCUGGUGAAUUGCAGAGUUUAAAAGAAAAGCAUGAACUCUCUUUGAAAAAUUAUGAUUUCAAAGAAUCUGCAGCAGAUUCUACAAGCAAAAAGCUAUCAAAGGUUUUUUCAGCUUUAGUAUUCUGUUUGGAUGAACUAGGUGUUUGGCUGGGUCUAAAGGCCGCACAGUCCUUUUCCUGCUAUGAUACUGACUUGUGUGAUGAAACUGACUCAAUUUUAUGCGAUAAACUGGAUGUGUUUGGUGAGACAAUUGUUAAAAAUUUCAGUUUGGAUGCCUUCCACACAUUUUCCCCGUACAUUCCAUCAGGCCCCAACUGGUCUAUUGGUGAUAACAUUAAAGAGAAUAUGGAUGAAGGGCUUGUUACUUCAAAAGUUGUGUGUCUCAUUGAAUCUCUUCUUGAUUACAGGGAUUUAAAAGACAUUAGAUGUAUAGUCUUUGUGGAAAGGAUUGUCACAGCCAUUGUACUAAAUUCUCUGUUGAACGAGUUACUUCCAAAAUACAGCAGCUGGAAGUCUAAAUACAUUGCAGGGAAUAACUCUGGGUUGCAGUCCCAGACAAGGAAAAAACAAAAUGAAAUUGUGCAAGAAUUUCGUAAAGGCAUGGUGAACGUAAUUGUUGCGACGUCAAUUCUUGAAGAGGGACUAGAUGUUCAAAGCUGUAACUUGGUUAUUAGAUUUGACCCAUCUUCCACUGUUUGUAGUUUCAUACAGUCCCGAGGUCGUGCUAGAAUGCAAAAUUCAGAUUAUAUAUUAAUGGUCAAUAGUGAAGAUAUUGCUACUCGGUCUCGACUGGAGAAAUAUCUUGCUAGUGGAGAUAUUAUGAGGAAGGCAUCCUUACAUCAUGCUUUGCUGCCUUGCUCACCUCUUCAAAGUGAUUUAAUUGGCGAGAAAUUUUAUAGUGUUGCAAGCACCGGAGCGACUGUGACUCUUACUUCUAGUGUCAGUUUAAUAUUCUUCUAUUGCUCACGGCUUCCUUCAGAUUGCUAUUAUAAACCGGCUCCAAGCUGGGAUCAGAAGACUUGCACUUUACGUCUACCCAAGAGCUGUCCCUUACAAAAUGUUGUUGUACUACAAGGAAGCAUGAAUGCUAAAAUUAUGAAGCAAACUGCGCAACUUCAUGAGAUUGGUGCUUUGACAGAUAAUCUUGUUCCAGAUAUUCUUAUGGAAGAAGCUGAUGCUCAAGAAAGGGGGAAUGAACCUUAUAUUGAUGAGCAACCCAGUUACUUCCCACCUGAGCUGGUCGGUCAUCUUCCAAAGAAUUCGAAUAUAUUGUAUCAUUGCUACUUAAUGGAGCUGGAGCAGAAAUUUGUUUACGAUAUUCUAGUUCAUGAUAUUGUGCUUGUCCUGAGAAAUAAGCUAGAAUCUGAUAUUGGAAGCUUGCAUUUUGACUUAGAUGUUGACAGGGGUAGUUUGACAGUGAACUUUAAAUAUGUAGGAGUGAUUCAUCUUAGCAUGGAUCAGGUCCUUUUGUGUAGAAGGUUUCAGAAAACUCUUUUAAGAGUUCUUAUUUAUCAUGAUUUGGGAAGUUUAAACGAGCGUAUGGAUGGAGAUAUUUUGGGAGCUGAGACUGAUUAUCUUUUGCUCCCAGCCACUGGAAAGCAUCAGAGACCUUUGAUCAUUGAUUGGAAAUGUGUUACUUCUGUGCUAUUUUCAUAUGAGAAGAUUUCUGAAUUUCACUUGAAUUAUUCUGUACCCAAGGGUUGUGCACGUAGUGUACAAACCAAAGAUGGUCCUGUAUGCGCUUGCCUGCUUCAGAAUUCUUUGGUCUACACCCCUCACAAUGAUCAGGUGUACUGCAUAACUGGGAUUUUGGGAUUGAAUGCAAACUCUCUUCUGACACUCCGGGAUGGCAGAAUUAUUACUUACAAGAAAUACUAUAAGGAGCGGUAUGACAUCAAUCUGUGUUUUGAGCACGAAUCAUUGGUUUGUGGGAGACGCAUUUUUCAGGUUCAAAAUUACCUUCAAAGAUGCAGAAAUCAGAAAGAGAAAGAAUCGAGUAAGCGGUCGGUUGAAUUGCCUCCGGAACUUUGUUCUAUAGUUAUGUCGCCGAUAUCAAUCAAUACAUUUUAUUCUUUCUCAUUUGUUCCUUCAAUCAUGCACCGGGUUGAGUCUUUGCUUAUAGCUGCCAACUUAAAAAAGAUGCAUUUGGACCAUUACACACAAAAUGAUGUUAUCCCAAUUUCCAAGGUCUUGGAAGCAAUUACUACAAAGAAAUGCCAAGAGACAUUUGACUUGGAAUCCUUAGAAACGCUUGGAGAUUCAUUUCUCAAAUAUGCUGUGAGUCAACAACUUUUUAAGACCUAUCAAGAUCAACGUGAGGGUGUCCUUACUUUGAAGAAAGAAAAAAUAAUUUCAAAUGCAGCUCUUUGCGAGUUUGGAUGUCACCGCAAACUUCCGGGAUUUAUUCGAGAUGAGUCCUUCGAUCCGAAAAAGUUGAUCAUUCCGGAUGAUAGAUCGGGUAGUGCAUUAAUUGAGGAGUUACUUUUUAAUACGAAAAAAAUCUAUAUUAGGGAAACUAGGAAGAUGGAAAGUGAAACUGUUGCUGAUGUUGUGGAGGCACUAAUUGGUGCAUUUCUAAGCAGUGGCGGUGAAACAUCAGCAUUAUUAUUCAUGGAAUGGUUGGGUAUAAAGGUGGAUUUUUACAUAACACCAUAUGAGAGACCCUUCCUAAUUCACGCUGAGAAGCAUCUCAAUGUCAGACAUUUGGAGUCCCUAUUGAACUAUUCAUUUCGUGAUCCUUCAUUGUUAGUGGAAGCAUUGACCCAUGGUAGCAUGCUUCGCGAGAUUCCAAGAGAUUAUCAGCGACUUGAAUUUCUUGGGGACUCAGUUUUGGAUUAUCUCAUGACCAAGCAUUUCUAUUAUGAAUAUCCUGGGUUGUCACCAGAACUGUUAACUGACAUGAGAUCUGCUUCUGUGAAUAAUGAUUGUUAUGCACGAUCUGCAGUCAAGUGGGAACUGCACAAACACAUCCUCCAUGCCUCACAAGAACUCCACAACCAUAUAGUUGAAACUAUUAACAAUUUUGACAAGUUAUCAUCAGAAUCAACUUUUGGAUGGGACUCCGAGACAACUUUCCCCAAGGUACUUGGUGACAUUAUAGAGUCUCUAGCAGGUGCCAUUGUUGUUGAUUCAGGAUACAAUAAGGAGAUGGUCUUUGGUAGUAUAAGGCCUCUUUUGGAGCCUUUGAUCACACCUGAAACGCCAAUGUCUCAUCCUGUAAAGGAGUUGAUGGAACUAUGCCAAAAAGAGCAUUACAAUAUUAAAGAGACAAACAAGAACGGCAAUGACAACGAUGGUCUUAGUUCCAUUACAGUAAAGGUACUAGAUGCUAAAGGUCUCUCAUUAAUCGAGCAUACAGCUACAGCUGCCAACGGAAAAACAGCAAGAAAAUUAGCUUAUGAAGAAGUUUUGAAGUCCUUGAAGGAAUCCAAGGCCUUUUCUCGCCUUUCGGCUUCUCAUUCUGAGAUUUCUAUAGCAACAACGUCAACAGGGGUUCAAGCGGUUGUGAAGAGGAAGCCUGUGUUCAUCAAGGUGGACCAGCUGACACCCGGCACGCAAGGCCACACCCUUGCUGUCAAGGUCGUCAGCUCCAAGCCCGUCAAGGUCACCAACAGCAAGCCUGCGCGAUCGUCUAUGAUUUUUUCUCGGCACCUACACCCCAUACGAAUUGCAGAGUGCCUUGUCGGCGAUGAGACGGGGACCAUUGUCUUCACUGCUCGCAAUGAUCAAGUUGAUAUCAUGAAGCCCGGUGCCACUGUGAUCCUGCGGAAUGCAAAGAUUGAGAUGUUUAAAGGGUUUAUGAGGAUAGCAGUCGAUAAAUGGGGGCGUGUUGAGGUCACUGAACUUGCAAAUUUUGAUGUUAAAGAGGAUCACAAUCUCUCUCUUGUGGAGUAUGAGCUAGCUGAUGUCAUUGAAGAAUGAUUGUGUCGUAUGGAAGGCGAUCAUGUUUUUGAGCUGGGGGUUUGAGUUUGUGUUCUGGCAAUGAAUUGUCGUCUGGAUUUUUAUAAAGCCUAGGAAAUUUUGCACUUAUCCAUGUUGAGUUAUUACUGUUAUAUUUCUGAGUAUGAUCUGAACAAAGUUCUCAUUUGGUGUAAAGUGAUUUUGUAAUUCCUUUUCCUGUUUUUGUUUUCUGGAUCCCCCUCGAAAAAAGUGGUGUUGGUUGUUGAUUUGGCAAAUUUUGCCUUAUUAUUUUUGUAAGUAGCUGCAAUAAAAAGCAACGUUGUAAU